UCACACUUGCAAACAGAGAAUUGGCACCAGAGAGAGAGAGAGCCUUGUUAUUUUUUGACAGAGAUCGAAGAUGCCUGCCUUGAUCAUUUCCACAAACGUCAGCCUUGAUGGAGUUGACACCUCCUCCAUCCUCUCCGAAGCCACCUCUGAGGUUGCCAAGCUUAUCGGCAAGCCAGCCAAUUAUGUGAUGAUUGUAUUGAAGGGAUCGAUACCCAUUUCAUUAGGAGGAACUCAGGAGCCAGCAGCUUUUGGUGAGCUGGUAUCCAUUGGUGGCCUUGGCCCUGAUGUAAACAAGAAUCUGAGCUUUGCAAUUGCAUCAAUUCUGGAGAAAAAGUUGUCAGUACCCAAGUCACGGCUCUUCCUUAAAUUCUAUGACUCUCAGGGUUCCCACUUUGGAUGGAAUGGUUCCACCUUCUAAAUCCAGCUUCUUUCUUUGUUGCCCUCGAACUUAACGUUGGAGAUUCAAUAAGUUAUGCGCCUUUGGUGUUCUGCUAUUGCAUAAACAUUGCCUUGUUGAGUUAUAUAGAUAUCCAUUUAGGCAUAUGCAUGUAUGUAUGUAGAAUGUGAAUGCUGUUGUGUCCUUCUAUGAGGAAACACUACGUUUGCUUGGCAUUUAAUCAACUGUAUUGUAUUGUGGUGCUGGCACAUGAUUUGGGAGUGAAUAUCUAUGGUUCUUGAGCCAUUAUCAGCCUAUGAGCAAUGUUCUAAUUAGACGUGCUCUAGGCUUGCUUUAUGA